CCUAGUCAUCAGAAACAACGCGGCAGGCGCACCGUUGCGUUGUGUCGAGGUGUCCCCACACAGACGCACUACGCCGUCCAACAUGGCCGCCAACGACGUCGAAAAACGACGUCCUGAAUAAUAAAAAUUGGAAACAGCUGUUUGUGUUGCAUCGCGAGUAUGGCGACCGAUGGAUGCAGUUUUACAGUGUUCGUGUUGUGCUAGGAAAUAAGUGAUUAGUUUUUUUGUUUUGGACAAGACAUGAGAAGGACACCGCAGAGUCAAUCACAGGGUCAAUUGGAAAAUAAUGAAGAAGAAUGUCCCAACACCUCGUCACCGUCUCAAAUCUUGGAAAGGGUUCAAUCAGAUAGGGUUACCGUUACAAAACCAGAAGAAGACAGACGACGUAGAACGAUAAUAGUAGAAAAGAAAAAUGGAUCUUUCGGAUUUACUCUCCAAAGCUACGGCAUCCACUAUAAGAAGGAGAAAGAAAUUGAAAUGAUCACUUAUGUGGAUUAUGUAGACUACGAUGGACCUGCCUAUAGAGCCGGAAUGAGGGAAGGAGACGUAAUUUUGUCCAUAAAUGGAACAGAUAUGGAAAAAGCCGAUCACAAAACACUAGUCACUUAUAUUAAGAAUUGUGAUAACAGAAUGAGGAUGGUGGUACUUUUUGAAGACUGCGUAAGAAAGGUUGAACUGCACAUGCGUUAUAUCCAGUUGCAAAGAAUUCUUCAAAACAAAAUGGAAGAGCUAGAACGUCUAUGCAUACGCGAACGUCAGCUGUUAGAAGGAAAAUGGAAAACACAUAGUCUUCCUGCAAGGAAAAAAGCCUCCCAAGCUAGUAAUGGUGGUCCACCGACUCCCACACAGACAACAUAUUCCUACUGCAGACCGACAGUAUCGACUGAAGACGUGGCAAAAGUUGCGCAGCAGCAGAAACAAGUUACCCCACCCUUAGCUUUUGCUUAUCAGUAUCUAGACUCGCGCUAUAGAUACAUUUUACAUCCUUCGACAAGUAGCAGUGGAGAAUACCUUCUAACCCUUGAGCAACCGCAUUACAAAGAUCAGCACAGUCUGAUUGUAAAAACGCCCUGUGAUCAAAAACAGACUCGAGCUAGUCAGACUCGUGUGGACAAACCAAAGAAACCUCCUGUUCUGUGUCAGCGCUAUGCUGGCCAGCUGUGCAACCCAUGCAUGCAAUCUGGAUCCAACAACGGAGACAACAAUAGCUUAGAUGCUUACGACUUAGCUAGUCCUUGUUGUGAUCCAAGGUGUGUUCCCACUGGUAGAAGAAGAUCACGAAGCCAAAAAGAACAAAGAAAAAGAGACUCCAAGACUGAGGAAACCCAAACUGAACCACAACAACCCAGAUCUCGACCACAUUCCCAAUCGUCACAAACCGGACCUGAGCCCCAAACUUUCACAGUUCCUAAACGAUACUUCCGUAUCGGAACAGGCCUAACAAGUCAGUGUAGUUUACAUUCCUGCACUUCGAGUGAAGUAAGCAAUAUUGUCCCGACAACUUUGGGGGGCGAGAGUUCUGCCAAUAGCUAUACUACGUCUCUCAGUACUGAUACCCUCUAUUGGGACGGAUCCUGUGAUACUACUUCUAGACAACUCAGCCUAAAAUCGAAACAUGACCAGCAGAGGUAUUCGCAACAACCUCAGCAAUAUGAGACUAUCUAUAUACAGUACAAUCAGGUUAAACCCAAAUCUUGGGACAACUUGGCAACUAAAGCAUUCGGAGGUUACGGUUUUGGUUAUGGAUAUCUAGACACCUCAUCCAAAUGCGGACAAAAAGCUGGCCGGGCCCAGCCCCCAACUAAAUGCCAAGGUACUCAAUAUAUUAAAAUGGAGAAGCAGCCAAUAGCUUGCAACAGCAAUGCUGUGCAGCUACAAUACACACCACAUUCCCAUCGAAGAUAUAUACAACCAACAAAAUCUACAGAAAGCCUUCUAUCCGUUCCAAAAUAUUCAUCGGAGGCUUUAUCGGACUCAAGUAUUUCUUGUGAGUGUUUGGAGAAUCCCUCUCCUGGUCCAGAGUCUUCAGAAAAUCGAUUCUUUCAAAGUCCUCGUCAAAGCAUUAUGAGUCCAACUGAUCCAAAUUUUGGAUACUAUAGUGCUAGAAGAACUUCUAGGAGCGACUAUACGAAAAGUGUGGUCACUACUAGCUCUGAAGCUACACGGCUGUAGUUGAUUUUAUACAAAUAUAUACUAGGUACAUUUUUGGUACACAAAUAUGUUAUAUAUUAGUAACAAGGGCAAGAAAAGAGGACAGCGAAAAAUAUUCUUAUUAGGAAUAUUAACAUUUAUAUGCUGAUUUACUAAAAGGUUCCAUUUUUAUAAUAAAUUAUCAUUUAUCUUGAAAAAAUAAACAUGUUUAGUUGAAAUAUUUCACUGGAAUGGGCGUAUAAGAACUGUUCUGUAAAUUCUUAGUAGUACACUAUUAUACUACUAUACAUUUUUUUAUUAAAAAAAUAGUGCAGGAUCGGGGCACAAAAAGUGUUAGUUUAUUAGCUGUACUCCAGAUCCGUGUAAGAGUUACAUUAAAAAGCUGUCAAUUUUGGAAGAGCUUCAUAUUAGGUAUAUCUUUAUGACCGAGAGAGUAAUAUAGCGUAAGUUUAACUAUAAUUUUAUACAUAAUUUACUCUCUCGGUCAUAAAGAUAGACAGUAAAGAUAGGCUAUUAAAAAAAGUAAACUGAGUAUACGUUGUGAGCUCGUACGUAGAGGGGACAUACAAAAGUUCGUGAGCGCCAGUAGUGAACUUUUUCUGGAAAUUUGACAUAAAUGUUAAAGUGAUUAAUUUAAAACAUUGAAGUUAAAAACAUUUAUAGGAAAAAAUAUUAGUUGGCCAAAGCUGUGGCAAAUAUUUUUACCUUAAACAUACUUACGUUUUAAAUACUGAAUUUAAGUUUUUUUUAACAAAAAUUAUAACAAACAGAUUAACAGGAAAGCUAGACGGAUACCAAUGUCGAGAUCAAUCUGGAUUCAGAAAGGGAUACAGCACAACAGACCACUUGCUAACAAUGAAAAUACUCAUUGAACGUGCUGAUGAGUACAUAAUACCGCUAUGUAUUGCUUUUGUGGAUUUUGGAAAGGCCUUUGAUAGUAUUGAACACUGGGCCAUACAAUCCUAGCUAAUAAAUGGAAGGAUCGACUAUAGAUACACAGAAAUGUUGAAAAACAUCUACGAAAAAGCACUACUACAACUAUCGGUUUACAGCGUUCUCCGACCCUUCCGACUCCUGACCGCCAUUCUUCUCUAAUUAACCAUAGACCUGGAGGGAUUUCUCUUUCCUCUAGUUCUUUUUCAAUUCCCUCCCUCCAGCUUCUUCUCGGCCUUCCUCUUUUUCUUCUCACUUGUGGUGUCCAUGCCAAAAUCUGUUUAGGGAUACUGUCAUCUGACAUUCUCUGUACAUGGCCGUACAUCUACGAAAAAGCAACAAUCACAAUAAAACAUCCACACCAAAACAUCAAAGCAAUAAAAAUAAAUAGAGGAAUUAGGCAAGGAGACACGGAGAGGUUUGUUUGUUGGACAAUUUGCUGAUGACCAAGCCAUCAUAGCUAAUGAUAAAGACGAUCUACAGUAUAUGGCAAAAAACUAAAGAAGGAAUAUGAACAGUGGGGCUUGGAAAUUAAUGUGGAAAAAACUAAAUACCUACCCAUAGGAGCUGAGUUAUCCAAUAUCUAACUAGAGGAUAAUGAAGAAGUAACAUCCUGUAGUAAAUACACGUACCUGGGAGUAAUCUUCGAUAGAAUGGGAAAAGACGAUGAGGAAAUAAAGAAAAGGGUAACACAAGCUAGAAGAACAAUUGGCUGCCAUGGAACAAAUGGAAUACUUUGGAGCUCCGAAAUAGGAAUACAGCGAAAAUACAAUAUCUAUGAAACACUUAUUAAAAGCAGCCUACUUUACGGAGCAGAAACUUGGAGAAUAACCGAGAAGAACAGGAAAAAAAUAGAAGCUGUAGAAAUGGAUGUGUUUAGAAGAUCGUUUAGAAGUAAGACGACGAAUUGGAAUAGAUGGUUACUUAACAACAGACAUUGAGAGGAAACAGUUGAUUUGGUAUGGUCAUGUUCAAAGAAUGGAAGACACAAGCUUGCCCAAAAAUAUUAUGCAGUGGGUACCACCAAACCGAAAAAAAAAAACGAGGAAGACUCAAAAAGACAUGGAUAGAAGGAAUAACCAAAGCAAUGAGUACAAGGGAUCUUAGAGAUGGCCAAUGAGAUGAUAGAAGGACGUGGAAGUUAGGCAUCGGACAACGUCGAAAGACGUUCUAAAACCGAUACAUACAUACAUACACAAUAUCACCAAUAUUAUUUACAUAAACACUAGAAGAUACAUUUAAAAAACUUGAAUGGCACAACAAAGGAAUCAACAUCAACGGACAACUGCUGAAUAACCUGAGAUAUGCGGAUGUCAUAGCAGUGAUAUAAGACAAUAUGAAAGAUCUUAAUGCAAUGAUGACACAAUUGGACAAGGAAGCAAACGAGAUAGGUUUAAAAAUGAAUUACACAAAAACUAAAUAUAUGACAAACGUAAAAGAGGGCAACGAAACCACGAAAAUAGGAACAAAUACAAUACAGAAAGUCAAGGAGUACAUAUACCUAGGGCAAAUAAAUAAACUGAGUAAAGAAAAUCAAACUGCAGAAAUAAAAAGGAGAAUAAGACUCGCACGGGUGACAUUUGGAAAAAUGAGCUAUAUCCAGAAAUAUGCCCAAUACUUCCGCACAAAAGUAUAUGAUCAAUGUGUCCUACCAGUACUAACAUCUGAAGCACAUACAUGGACCUUCACAAAAGAAAAUAUGGUAAAUAUGGCCAAGACUCAAAGGGAAAUGGAAAGGCAGAUGCUGAGUAUCAAGCUGUGAUAAAAAGAAAAAUACAUGGAUUAGAAAUAAAACCAAAGUGUAAGACGUAAACAAGCAUGCAGCUACUCUCAAAUGGAAAUUUGCAGGACACAACAGCAGACAAAGAGACGGAAGAUGGAAUGAACCGAUAACCCAUUGGAGACCUUGGGACCAUAAAAGAGGAAAGCAGAUCACAGAUGAGAUGGUCUGAUGACCUAAAAAGAUACGCAGGGACCACAUGGACAGGAUUACUACUGAACCGAGAAGGGUGGAAAAAUAAGGGAUAGGCCUACGUUCAACUUUGGACAAAUGAAGGGCAAUAUAUAAAUAGAGGAUUUUUUAAAUUAAUAUUUUAGCAGUUCAUUUGGAAUUUCAUUCUGUCCUAAGAUUAAUUAAGUUCCGAAGAGCUCAUUGUGUGUUCGGUUCGAUUUAAAUGUUCUCUGUUCAAUUUAAAUUAUUACACAGCCCAACAAAAAAAAAUUUUGUCUUGCUGCAGAAAAAAAAAAUCAACUAAAUAUUCUUACAUUUCUGUAUAUUCCACCACUAUAAUUGCAAUAUGUUUAUAAACAAACUUAACAAAUUCUAAGACAAAUGGGAAAAUGAACAAAAGGGCCUAUUUUGGUGUUCAUUUAGGAGAUCAAGAUAAAUCCUGAGCUCCACAUGUAGUGUGCAAAACUUGUAUUGAAAACUUGCGACAGUGGACGGAAGGACAACGAAAAUGUUUAAAUUUGGUUUUCCAACGGUAUGGAGGGAAUCAAAAAAUCAUUUUGACGAUUGCUAUUUCUGUCUUGUGAAUAUAAAGGGCAUUAAUCGUAACAAUCGACAUACGUCAACAUAUCCUAACCUGGAUUCAGCAAUGAGACCAAUUCCACAUCAGCUUGAGCAGAUACCCAUUCCAAUAUUUAGCAGGCUACCUAUGUUACCAGAGGAUAAUGCCGAAACGUUAUUUGACGAACUGCAGACUAAUAGAUUUGAGGAAGACGACAGUGAUUUUGAAAGGGAUUCAACACGUCCUGAGCUCUUUACUCAGGAAGAGCUAAGCGAUCUUAUCAGAAAUUGGAACCUUACAAAGGAUUCUUCCGAGCUGCUUACCUCCAGAUUAUAAGAAAAAAAUGUUCUUCACCCAGACACCAAAAUUACAUGCUACCGUAAUAGAGAUAAAAGACCUUUUGCUUUUUUUUCUCAGCAAGAUGAUAUGAUUUUUUAUAACAAUAUUAAAAGACUGGUAGAAAAAAUGGGUAUACACCAUAUCACUGGCGUCUUUUUAUCGACAGUUCCAAACGAAGUUUAAAGUGUGUCCUUCUACAUAAUGGCAACAAAUAUGGAAGUAUACCAAUUACCAAUUGGGCAUUAGAGUGGAAUAAAUGCUCAAAAAUUUUAACAAACACGGUUGUCAUACGAGUAUUAAAAUUCAUUACCUCCACAGCCACUUAGACCGUUUCCCAGAAAAUAUUCACCAAGAUAUCAAAACGAUGGAAGAGGGGUAUCAGGGAGAUGGGGCUAUCACAUGAUGGCGGAUUACUGCUGGAGUCUUCAAAGGGACCAUCCUUUUAAAGCCUUUGCAAAAAAAUCAUAUAAAAGGAAGUUUUUAAGUGACGCCGAAUAACACACUUUUGUUGCGACGCUGCCGGUUAGGUUAGAUGAAAAGUUAAGUUUUUUUGGCAGAUAUGUGUGAUGAUUUUUGUAAGUACAUUAUUGUGCAAUAAAUAUCUUACUUUUUAUUCGUAUUUGGUUUAUUUCGUGGGUAGCAGCACUACAUAAAUGUAGGUAGUGCUGAGUUAAAUUACCCUAUAUGUUGGAAAUGUGAUCUGUUGUCGUAUUUUCUGAAGACGAUCUGAUGGAACAAAUCUGGUGGCAUUUUUGGAUUCAGCAGACCCAAAUUACCUAGAAACAGUAAAAAAAAUUCCGGCAGCAAACUGUGUGUUUACCAGUGUUAUUUCUGGUGUGUUCAGCAAUUAAUGGUAAACAAUCAAUAAUAAAUGGUAAAUUCUAUUAUUGGCAUACUUAUUUCAGAACAAUUCUUAUAAAAUAGAGAGUCCAAUUGCUCCGAAUGGCAAGUAUAGUGUAGAUUUGGUGUUAAUAUCAGAUUUAGCGUUGAUAUAGGAAGCAUUUAAGGAAGAAAGAAUUAGAAAAGACACUUGAAGUUAAUAAUUAUACAAAACCUAACUCACAAAAAAAAUUUCUGGAGAGUCCCUUAAUGUCAAACGUCACCGUACACAUAUUAUGGAAAAUGUAAGUCACUAAAAUUCAAUAAAAUUUAUGUGAAUAGAUUCUUCUCGAAAUUAAAAUAAUUUCAUAUCAUUGCGUUCAGUCUGAAUUUUGAUUAAUAGGGAUGACUCCAUUAUGAGGAUGACUUUCAUGUGGAGGUGCGUCACUGGUCAUUGUUACGUAUUAUUUAUAAGAUAAGAGACUUUAAUACCUGCAGAAAGAUUUAUCCACUGCCGAAGCACAAAAUUUCUUUACUCGCUCGAACUCUUCUAAACACCAAUUUCAUUUUAUAUUGGUUUAUGUAAAUUUACACCGUUUUUAAUAAAAACUCAGAGUUGGUGCAAUAAUAUGAAAUUAUUGUAAUUUCGAGAAUCUAUCUAUUCGUUACAUUUUCCAUAAGAUGUAUGCGGUGUCCUUUGAAAACGUGGCUUUUUAAAUUGUUUAACUAGAUAUUGAAUAUUAUUUUAUUAUUUUUAUUGGUAAGGUACCUGUUUUACUAUAGUUAUGCGUUAUGCUACUGAUUAGCAUGAGUUUAUAAAAAUGCAUAUUUUUAUAUAAUUCUAUAUGGUGUGUACGAGUACAUCUGUGAUUAUAUACAUUUUGUCAUUUUCAUUUUAUUUCAUUUAAUAUUUUGCAUAUACUAAAGUUUUAAUUAAAGAGAACAUAACAUUACUUAUACCAUGAUUACUUAUAUUAUAAUUACAAAUAAAGGUGAAUAAUUUUAAUAGUAGGGGAGACUGGUACACAAUGACACAUUUUUUAGGAAAUGUGCUCUAACAUCGGAAUGCAAUCUUCGAAAAAAUCUCCAUUUAGAGUUUUGUUAUCUCUGUACAUUUGUCUAUAAAAUUUGAUAGUUAUUAUGAGUAAAGUAAAAAUAUUAACUUAGAAAUUUUCAGAAAUAUGCAAUACUGAAUUUGUUUCAAUGGGUACCACCGGUGGUACAGUUUGAAACAUAAGGUAGUACACAAUGAAACGUAUUAAAAGCAACGGUCAAAUACAAAAAAUAUUUAUUAUUUCUUCAAGUUAUCGUACAAUAAAAUUGUUAAACUCCAAACCAAAUCUAUAAUAGCAAGACAGUCGUUUGUUUUUUGUAUAUAUAGGUGCUGGCAAUAACAUAACAAAAUCAGAUUUCAAACCCAUAUGAAUAUCAGGAACAUCUGGAAAAUAAAAUGAAUAGGAAAUUUUCGUACUUCUUCUCAAAUAUGAAAUUUUAAAUUCAUGAGAGUUCACAAUUUCCAAAAUUUUGGCUACAUAAUGGAUGUUCUUCUCAAAUUUCACUAACACAAAAGAGUCUUUUAAAAUUUCAGUAUUUUCAGCAAUUGCGUGAGAUUCUAAGUCAUCCUUUUGUUCCUGCAUCAUAGGAGAACUUAAUUCAUCAUCUGAAGAGUCUGCCAACUCUAAACUUCCGGAAUCCGUUUCUGAAUCACUUUCACCUGACUUGAUCUUUUUUCUGGGAGAGUCAUUUUUACAGCCUUUUGUGCUUAAUAUUUCGUUUCACUUUCUUAACUGCUGCUAUUGUGGGGGUUUUCUUACCUUCAGUUUUAUAAGAAAGGUCUUUCAUUUCUGGUUUACUAGUUAAAAUGACACUUUUCCUUGAUUUCCGUCUACGAUUUGAAUUUUUUCUGUGUGGGGCCUUUGGAAUGUAUGUAUGUCGAAUGGGGUAAUAAAAGAACUUUUUGAUGUCGAAGGUAUUUCAAGAGUUGAGCUCGGUUCAGUUUCUUGGGUUGUAUUAGAUGAAGUAGAAACAGAAGCUAUAUUUUAUAUUUACUGAAGAUGAAGAUAGAGAUGCAUUUUCGUUAAAAAUUGCGUUAGCAAUUUCGUCUAAAUUGUAGAUGCGAAUAUCUUCAACAAUUGAUGGAUAUUUUACGUAUAUUUGUUCCAAAUUUAAGAAAAAUCUGUCAACAUUUGCUUUGUAAAUGAAGUACAGUGAACAUCCUUCUGGCCUUCUGAGGCUUAAUGAUGAAUUUCUUUUUAUAAAUGCCCUUAACCAAUCUUUGCUUGCACAUUUUCUGUUGGCCUUCCAAGAUUCUGGCAUAGUGAUAUUGUUUUUAGCAGCCGUUUCAUAUGCCAAUUCUCUGAAUUUUAGAGUAUUCAACCCAAAAGCCAUUUUGCUACAGUUCUUGAUAUAAUCACACAUCGACGUCUCAUGCUCUGUGUUAAAUACGAAUCUAACAGCAUAAUUUGGCUCCAUUUUUGCAUUUGGAUCAUUUUUCUUUUAGAAUAUAUCGCCUUAAUGUGCUAAAUUUAUGCCAAACAUAUCUGCCGCAACGCGAAGUGCAGUUCCAUUUUUUUUUAACCUCUGUGACUCUUCCCGUCAUUUGUUCACUUGUAAAUUUGGCUCUGGAUCUUUUUUUCUUCCUCCUUACCAUGGUACACCUGCAACAGAAUGCAAUUGUUAUAGAAUGAUUCAGUAUGGUACACAACGAAACAUGUGUCAUUGUGUACUACCACUAUAUGUUUCAAUGUGUACUACCACAGGUUUAAAGUUUCAGUUGGAUGUAAACAUAACACCUGGCAAUUUUUGGCAACGAUAUUUAUAGGUUAAGAGGCAUUCAUCACAAGUAUUAUAACGACAUACAUACGAAAAUUAAAACUAUUUAUUUAUAGACAACAUACCUUUUUAUAAACGCUCCAGUUUUUAAAUCUCAGGCACAAAAAACAAUAAAAUACGUCGUAUAAUGUUUACUACUCCGUAUAUCAAAACGAACUACUGUCGGCGGACACAAGACACAAUGCAUUAUGGAGUAUCCGUUGCAGCGCUAAUGGCAAUGUGGCGGCAAAGUUGAUUUAGUUAAUAACGGUGUUUCAUUGCGUACUAUGUGUCAAUGUGUACCACUCUCCCCUACACUAGAUAAGGAGCUAUGUACCAAAAAUCAAAAUCUCCAGGGGAGUCCAAAGUACACAAAAAUCAAAAAGGUUUUGAAUACAAAAAAAAAACAAAAUUAGAUCUUUGUUUAUGGUACCUACUGUAUUCAUCGACGGUUGGCAACAAUAUUAGCGAUGUAAUAAUAUCUUGUGCAGCUCGAAACAGUAAUGUUCAAGGUUCAAACCAGUCAAAUGUCUUAUAUUUUUUCAACCACUAAUAUUUGUAUUUUAUCAAUUCUCUGUUGCAUUCUACUUUACUUAUGAUUAUUAAUUUAAAAAAUUGCUCUUCUGUUUGUGAAGUUUUUUGUUUUAGAAAUCAACGCUUCUUCUAUUUGAGCUUAAUAAACGCAACAUAAAAUUAUUGUGGUUCAUGAUAUAUUUCUAAUUUUCUAAUUUUGUUAAAUACUGAGUUUGUUUGUUGUAUUCGAGAUCUAACAUCUCAAUCAGGAUCUUAGGCCGGUGUAUAGUGUACACAAGGAUGAAAAAAGGCUCCGUUGCUCAGAAUCGGAAGAGUUGUGCGGAUGGUUCAUAGGAUCAUUCUUAUUAGCUGAGAAAUAUACUUAAAAUUGGGGAAAAAGAGAAAAUAAAGGAGAUAAUAGCUACUAGAGCUAAAGCAGAAUUGAUUGAUGAAGAGAAAGAAGAAAACAAAUUAAAAACAAAUUUGCCAAAAACGGCGCCACCUUGUCCUUUCUCAGAGAGACAAAAAUAGUGCAGUCAUUGAAGCUUUUUAACUCAGAAAUUUUUUACUAUGAACUGAUUUACAUGAAAUUUUGGAAUUAGGCUUAUCCUACCCUUAACUCCUCCUCCUCCUCUAUCCUUUAUCCUUCGUAAGGAUGUGGUGACGUUAUGGUAUUUGACGAAUGGUUGCUAUCCGUUCUUCUCUCUCCUGGGCGCGGUGUGCUGCCUCAGACAGAGAGUAACCGGUGGCGCAUUUUAUUUGGUCUGACCAUCGGAGUGGCGAUCUUCCUCGAGUUCUUUUACCCUCUACCUUGCCUUCAACCACCAACCUCUCCAUGCCUUCUCUUCGUCUGGUAAUGUGUCCAAAGUACCUCAAUAUAUUUUGGUUGAUGAUGGUGGUAAGCCUUGUGUUGAUGUCGAGUUCUGAUAAUAUUGAGAUAUUUGUGCGAUGUGCUGUCCAGGGUAUGCGCAUCAUUCUACGGUAUACCCACAUUUCAAAGGCCAUUAUACGUCGUGAGUCGGACUUUUUAAUGGUCCAAGUUUCUGAAGCAUAGGAAGCGAUAGGAAAGAUAAGCGUCCGUACCAGGCGCAGUUUCGUGUUCCUGGUUAUGGCCGUAUCUUUCCAUAUUUUAGUGAGUUUGACCGUUGCUGAUCUGGCCAUUGUACGGCGUCGGCGUAUUUCUUCUUCGCAUCCACCAUUGUUUGUGAUAACAGAACCUAAGUAAUUAAAACGGCUUACCACUUCAAACCCCGCUACGUUUCGUAUUUCCGGCUGGUUAUUUCUAAUUCGAUCGAUUAUCAUUACCUUGGUCUUCUGUACAUUAAUUUUAAGUCCAUAUUCACGACUAAUAGUAUCUAGUCCGUACAUGAUGUAUUCAAGUUCAUUUGUUGAUGAUGCUAGUACUAAAGUGUCGUCAGCAUAGCGGAGAUUGCUGAUUUUUCGGCCUCCGACUGAUAUUCCUCCUAGCCAUCCGUCGAAUACAAUGCGCAUGAUGUGUUCGCUAUAUAUAUAUAUAUAUAUAUAUAUAUAUAUAUAUAUAUAUAUAUAUAUUGAAUAACGUGGGAGAGAUAAUACAUCCUUGACGAACACCGGCUUUUAGUUUAAAAUUAUCGGAAUAUGUGUUGUUGACUCUUACGUUUGCUGUGUUGUUGAUAUACAGUUGUUUCAGCAGGUAUAUUAGAUGUUCGGGGGUACCGAUGUCUCUCAGUAUUCCCCACAUUUUAUGCCACUUUACAUUAUCGAACGCUUUCGAGUAGUCGACGAAGCACAAAUAUGUUUCUAGAUUAAAUUCUCUAGAUUUUUCUAUAAUUUGUCUGAGAUUAAGAAUUUGUUCUCGUGUGCCUCUUCCAGGGACAAAUCCACAUUGGUCUUGUGAGAUCUGUGGUAAAAGUAUUGAUUUUAAUCUCUCGUUAAUUAUAGUUAGAAGGACUUUACUUGCGUGGGAGAUCAGGGCUACAGUGCGGUAGUUAUUACAAUCAGUUGGUGAGCCUUUCUUAUAAAUGGGUAUGAAAGUAAGAUUACACCAAUCAUCUGGCCAUUUUCCUGUGUUCCAGAUUUCAUUACACAGUUUGAACAUCACUUCAACACCUAUGUCUCCCAUUUCUUUAAGUGCUUCCGCCGUGAUUCCGUCUUCUCCUUGAGAUUUUCUAGUUUUCAAUUUUUUUAUUGCGGUUUCUAUUUCCGAUUUUAAAAUAUGUGGUUCCUUUUCGUCAUUUAUUUCUUCUGGAUUCACGUCUUCAUGGUCACUAUGAAACAGUAUUUCACAGUAUUGUUUCCAUGUCGCUGCUAUGCCCUCUGCAUUGGUGAUGAUCGUUCCCAAGUUAUCUUUAAUGACCUGCGUUUGUGGUUUAAACUCUUUAGUUAAGUAUUUCACUUUGGCAAACAGUUCUCUAGAUUCUUGACGGUCGGCGUGUUCUUCUAGUUGUUUGCAUAUUUCUUUAAUGUGAUUAUUUUUGUCUCUUCUACUUGAUGAUUUUAUGCGUCUGUUUACAUCUGCUAUCUUGUUUUCAGUUUCUGUUGGAUUUGCAGCGUUGUUUCUAAUAUUUCUUCGUUCUUCUACUUGGUUCAGUGUCUCAUCAGUCAUCCAGUGUUUUUCUUUCCGCUGGGUUUCUUUGGGAUUUGUAAUAUUUAUUGCGUCUAUAAUCCACGUCUUUGUAUGUUCCCAUGUUUGAUUGGGAUCGCCAGUAAUGUUUGGUGUGUUACUAUGUCUUAGUGUUUCUUUGUAUUUUCCAGGCUCUUUAGGAAUAUAUUUAAUUGUUCUAGUUGUUUAAAUUUUCUUACAAAAUUUGAUACGGAAUUCGGAUUGUAACAGUUUAUGGUCUGUUCCUCAAUCCGCCGCUGGUUUUGUCGUUACGUUUACUACCGAACUUUUCCAUCGUUUGCUGACAAGAAUAUAAUCUAUUUGAUUUUUAUAUCUUCCCCUGGUGAAGUCCAAGUUGAUAGUCUUCGCGGGUGAUGUUUAAACAUGGUGUUCAUGAUACUAAGUUCAGUGUCGAUGACAAAUUGUAAUAGCCUUUCUCCUCUCUCAUUUCGUUCGCCUAUUCCAAACCCACCAACUGUUCCUUUCAGCAGCUCUUCUGAUGUUGUUUUGCCUAUUUUUGCGUUCCAGUCACCCAAUAUUAUGACUGGCUCUUUUUUGGGUAUGUUAGCGAUGUUACUGUUUAUUAACUGGUACAUCUCUUCUACUUCUUCAUCUGUCCCGUCGCAUGUUGGCAUAUAUACUUGUAGUACAUGAACCUUUGUUGGCUGUACAUCAAGAGUAAUUUUAAUUAGGCGCUCAUUUAUUGGGAGACAUUCAGAUACACAUUUUGCGAGGUUCUUCCGUACCAGUAUUGCUACGCCAUUUUGACCAGUUUUAUUGGCUCCCGACAUGAAUAUUUUAUAGUAGUUGGAUUCCCAGUGUCCUUGGCCUUCCCAGUGUGUUUCUGAAACUCCACAUAUGUCUACUUUUUCUCUAAUAAGCUCUCGUUCUAAGAUAUGUAGUUUUCCUGGUUCUAGCAAACCUCGGACCUUAACUACAAAAGUGAUAUUGAACCCGAACUCCGUUUUCACCCUGGGGGUGGUUGCCACCCCUUUUCGGUGGUGGAAUUUUUUUUUCAAAAUAACCUCAGGUAUCGAUGGAAGACCCAAUUUUAAUCAAAAAAUGUUGUAUAUAGUUUUUUAAAAAACCCAAUACUUUUCAAGUUAUUGGCAAUUGAAAAUUCGGAAUUUUCUUACGAUUUUCAACAGUUUUUUGCAAAUAUCUCCAAAAAUAUGCAUUUUAACGAUAAUAUUUUACUGAACAAAAUUGUAGCAGGUAAAAUAAUGAACAAACUGGUUUUAUAAAGAGUGUUCUAGGUGCAAUAUUAAGCGAGAUAUUGAAGAUCAAAGCCGUUUUUAAUUUUGUGUGAAAUUUAAUCGAUGUAUUCAAUGUUAUCUAGCGGAGAGCGAAUAAAUUUUAUGCGUGCUAAUGAGAAAGGAUUUUGUAGUGCUUAAAAUAAACUUUAAAAUGAGCACUGUUAAAAGUCUUUUGUACGUAAAAUGAGUGAGCUGUAAUGAAAAAAAGAGGAGCAUCUAAUGUUUUUUUUAAAUCAAUAGAUUUCGUAAAUGCCAUUUGCACCAAAAUUAAAAUUAAUCGUAUUUCGUCUAGAAUAAACUUUAAUAUAAAGAGUUUGAUGGAUUCUAGCAGUUUCGCUGCUUUAAAACACAUAUUUUUUGAAAUAUUCACGAUUUUAAGAAAAAAAUUUUUUCGAAUUUUUAAAAAACCACCUUCUUUUCAUAAUAUCUCAAAAUUAAUUAAAGAUACGUAACAAAGUGUAAUAAUAAAAAAAUAGGUUUUUUUGACAAACAUUUUGGUUUGUUUGUUUUUCCUAUCACACAAAAAUUGACGAAGAUAUGAUUGAUUAAAGAGCGCGCGGUAGCGCAACCACAGUAUCUCUCGAGCCUUUUGACCCUUCACCGUUUCAAAAUAAAAGGCUUUUCACUACAUAUUAUAAUGAAAAAGGGUGUAGCUCGUUUAAUUACAUUUAAAAUGGUUUUUUAUAAGUUGUGAUAGCUUCAAAAUUAAAGUAGUUAUGGCCCAAAAACUAAAUCAUACAUAUUCAAUGUUUUAAUUUAGGGGUAGUUUUAAGGGUUAAAGAACUUAAGCAUAUGAUUUUCCAGCAUAGCUUUUUCGAGAACGUGGAACGAUAUUUAAAUCCUUUUUAGUUUAUCAAAAGAUAUUUUUUAUACAAUUUUUAAUCGAGGGGUUGAUUUUACGGGUUGAAAGGGGUUAACAAUUAAAUAAUUAAGAUAAAAAACGUAAAAUAUUAUUUACUCUAUAUUUAAGCCUUCUUGUCAAACCAAAUUAAUUUUUUGUAAAUUUUUUCUAUCUAGAGGUUGUUUUUAAGGGUUGAAAGGGUGUUAACAAUAUGAUAAUUAAUAUAUAGAACGUAAAAUAUCAUUUACUCUAUAUCUAAAUCUUUUUAUGUCAUACUAAAUUAAUUUUUUGUAAAUUUUUUCGAUUUAGUGGUUGUUUGCAAGGGUUGUACGGUUUUCAAGGUAAUGAAAAUGAGUUUAAGAUGAGGUUAUUGUGUUAGAAAACACUUCACAAUGUCACUCUUUAUUAUUAAACACGUUUUCUGGCGAUAAAAUGGCUCAAUGUCAAUUUUUUCCAUUAAGGGGUUGUUUUCACCCCUUAAAAAAACGGAGUUCGGUUCAAUAUCACUUUUGAAGUUAGGGGUAAGAUAAGCCUAAUUCCAAAAUCUCAUGUAAAUCGAUUCAUAGUAAAAAAUUUCGGAGGUAAAAUAGUUAUUUAUGAAACAGUUCGUAACGGAGCGAGUGCUAUACAUCGCGUAAGUUCGCAAAAAGUACUUCACGCACAGUUUCAUACAAUAUUUUAUCUAUGAUGAACAAAUAAAAAAAACUGUAACUCUUCGUCACUGGAAUUUAUUUCUAUUCUACAAUUUUUAGAACUUUGACAUUUAAAAACUGUAACUUCUUUCAAACCACAAAACAGUCAAAACUUUUGUCGUAAUUUAUUGCUUAUUAUGUCAUCACCAUGACAACGCGAAAGUUAAGGAUAUUUGACUAUAUGAAAGUGUGUCAAAAACAGUGCGAAAAAGUGAGUCCCAUUUAAAAUACAUUGUUACUUCACGCACACUUUAAACACUUCUCGUACUGACACUCACGUAUAAUGAUAGUUUUCACAAACUAAAACUUACACAUAAUAUGACAUAGAGUAGAUAAACCUAUUUUUUCUACGACCGUUUAAUAACAUGCUCAUUAUUCGCUAUUUUUGCAUAGAUAAUAGCACGCAUUACUGUACCCGUGAGUAAUAAUUCAUUACUCACGGGCUGAAGUUAGUCACGGGUCAUUACUCACGGGCUGAAGUUAGAUUCAAGUGGAGCAUGCCACUUUUAAUAUUAAUCGUAUAUAAACUACAAAUAAAAUUACUUAAACUUGUUUAUCUAAUACAUUAAUUAUUGUAAUUUAUAUCAAUAAUUAAUUUCGAAAAAUUUUUAAAGGAAUUUUAACUGUAACAACAUCAGUAUAUUUUUUCCGUUUAUAUCUUGUUUACUAAAAAUUUUGACGUUUAUCAUUUAUUUUAGUGACAGUGACAUUAGCGAAUUUUGUUUAUGUUAAUUGGAAUUUAUAAGUAGUAAUAUUGUGUUUUUUUUUACAAGCUCUAUUGUGUUAAAUAUGUUAUAACAUAUAAUGUAUAGUUAUAUUAUUAUAUUAUAUAUAGUUAAAUGUAAAUAUACAUUAUAAUUAUAUGAAUGAAAUACAUCCACCGACAACAGCCAUUUCCUAUUUAUUAGAUUCACUGACAGUAGGUACAAAUUUAAGCUUAUAAUUUUUCGGAAACGAAUAGAACUUAUAUUGACUAUUUCUAGUUGUAUUUUUACAAUAAAUAAGAAUUUGGUAAUAGUAGGCAACCAAUUAUUUUGCCACGUACUAGGGGUGAAUAGCAUUUAGGUAUUUUUGUAAAUUAUUAUAAUUUAAAUCUCGAGUAGUUGACAUUUAAAUUUUUUACUAAUUAAAAUAAAAAAGGCCGUAGAAAAAGUAUAGUAUUCUACUCGCAUGUAAUGGCUAUUACUCACUCUGAUGAAUUACGACACUCGCCUACGGCUCGUGACGCAAACUUCAUCAUCGUGAGUAAUAGCCAUCAUUACAUGCUCGUUGAAUAAUAUACUAUUACGCUUCAAUGACUGCACUAAAAUAAAACUCUUAAUAUCAAUACACAAAUAUAAACAAAUAACAAAUACUAAAUAACUGGGUGAAUGGGAAAAGAAAAGUAUUUUUGACUGCAUAAAAUAGUAAAAUUUUAAUUCUCAGCCGUGUAUAGUAUUUUUUUCUUUCAUUUGUUCCCUCCAAGGUAUCUUCAGUCUUCCUCGGACUCUCUGACUUCGUUCCCAAUAUGUACCUAUCCACACAUUAUCCUCUAUGUAUCGUACUGGCAAUAUUCUCAUGUUACAUCUUCUAGCUCAAGAGUCUUUCACUGCUUUCGUUUUUUAUUUUUAUUCCUAUUAUUUUUCUUAUUAUCUUUCUUUCAAUGAUUCUUAGUUUUUGUUCCUUAUUUUAUUCCUACUUUUUAGUGAUUUUUGCUAAAAGAAUGGUUAUUUCUGAAUCAUAUCUUAAUAUUCGUCGUAUUUUAGUUCCUUAAAUUUUCAUUUUUUUAUUUAGUUAGAGAAUCUUUUAUGUUACAAAAUAUAUUCGAUAUCAUUUUGUUAGUGGUGUAACUAGCUGUUGACGUAAGUAGUAUAAGAAGAUUGUCCGACUGAAUUAGAGAAUAUAGAAACUUAUUACUCUCACAACAAAACUUGCUGGUUCUCUACCCAUAAUGAUACAAGCAAAAUAUUAUAGAAUAUUUAUACAACGUUUGUAGCUCAAUUACAACAUAAAUAUGCAGAAUUUUUAUUAUUAAUCUCUUUUUAACUUUUUAUAGUGGAAAAAAAACUUUCUCAAGCUCUGUACUUUUGUGUUAACAGAUUAUAUGAAAAUAUGUUUUAAUAUUUUUAUCUUUUUGAAAUUGUUAUUGUCUUUAUAUUUUAUACAAAUCAUUUUCUGUGAAACAUAUCAAAAAGAAAGACAUGCGAAAAAAACUGUACGGUUUUAGUCUAUACGUUUCAAAUUUUAAUAUUGCCUCAAGAUAUAAACUUAAUAGCUCUCUGUUCGUCAACCAAAAAUCAUUCAAGAUUAUUAAGGUCAGAGGCCCACAUCAGCGUUGCUGAGACGCUGCUCAGCAGAAUAUGAGAAUAGUAAAUAACUGUCAGGAAUUUUCCAAAUGUUUGACUAUCCUAAUGUUUUGCCAACGCUAUGGGUUUUGUCUGACGUUAAGAAAUCUUGAAUGACGUAGGCGUACUUUUGUAGUAAAACACCAUACGUUGUUGUAAAAAACAAUAAUUCGGUUAAUUUUAUGUGUUUAUUAUUUCUUUUUAAAUAAUGACCUAUUUUUUACACUGAUUGGCUUUUAAUUUUUUUAAAACACUGAAGUACAACUGUACAGUUUUUUGUCACAUACUUGAAUUUUGUUCGCCUUUCUCAAAGUUUUGGGUGCACUGUAUUUAUAUAAUAAAUGCAGAAAUGACUAUCAAAUAGGAACGUAGUUGAAUGUUUGCAAAAGUUUAUAAGAGAAAAAAGACAGCUUCGCAUUAUCUAAUCUUCAAAAGUGUGUUUAUACUGCAUGUGAAGUACCUCUGUAUUUAUGUGUGCCUGUCACUAUUUAAAACUUUUGUUUUAAUAAAAACUUGUUGGUUAAU